AUGGCAGAAAAUUCAGUAGAACCUGCAGAACCAUGGUUCGAACCGGACUUUUGGUCCGGUUCUCCGCGGUUCGGUCCAUGGUUCUUGCGCCAGCCAGAACCGGACCGGAAAACGGUUCUCGGUUCUAGAUCUUCCCAAAUGGUCCAGUUCUGGUUCGGCCUUCCCGAACCAUUCCGAACCCUUAUCGACUUCGACUUCGACAACACCUGCCUCGAUGUCAGACUGUCGUCUUCGGGAUUCACAUUGUUGAUUAAUCAAGCUACAUUUAGCCUUUUCGAAGGUAUACCGGAAGUUCUAUUCAUUGAGGACCGGCUACAACACUGCGCAAGACUACCUUUUACUGGAGGUGGAUAUGUUAGGCGUGGUCAAGGUGGAUUUUGGAGGGAUUGUGUCUUGCGCUAUGCUGCAGAGGUGCGUAUUUGUGCUCUGAAUGCUGAUGGCUCCCUCGAGGGCCAGCACCCAUCGCUACCAGCACACAACCCAUCACACGCCACGCCACCUGCGCCUAUGUUGAUGCCCGCCACCUCACUGCAUCCCCUCUCACUCGCUUGCUGUUCUUGCCGGCUGGCUUUUGCUGGCUCGCUCGCCGUGUCUCACUCGCCCACUGUCUCUCACCCUCUGUCUCUCACCCGUUGUCUCUCACCCCGCUGGACGCGACCCACGCGAUGAUCUCCGGUUGAUCUCCGGUUUUUCACUUUUGGCUUUGGCCGUCGAGUGUGUCCUCGCGAAUUGGUCAGUCUUCAUCAAUACGGCUCUCAUCAUGUGGGCUUUCCACUUUUCGGAGAAUCCUGUGGCCGCCAGCAUCACAAUUUUUUCUGAAGCGCCGGCCACAUCAGCAUCUUCAGCAGCUACAGAGGCAGAGGGGUAUGGAGUCGUCAUUAGAGUAGCUACUCGAUGUGUAAACUAGUAUUUCAAUGUUUUGUUUUUCGUGCUUGCCACUGAAAAUUUUCGGGUUCGGUUCGAGUUCGGACCAGAAAAAAACCGAACCGGACCACAGAGAACCGUUCUCUGUGGUCCGGUUCGGGGUUUGAAGAUUUU